CAUGUUCUCCCUGUGUCAGCGUGGGUUUCCUCCAGGUGCUCUGACAUGUACUCCCUGUGUCAGCGUGGGUUUCCUCCAGGUGCUCCGACAUGUUCUCCCUGUGUCAGCGUGGGUUUCCUCCAGGUGCUCCAGCUUCCUCCCACAGUCCAAAGACAUGCAGGUUAAUUGGUGACUCUAAAUUGUCCGUAGGUGUGAAUGUGAGUGUGAAUGGUUGUCUGUCUCUACAGCUGUGUCUAAAUUCAGGGGCUGCAGCCUUCGAAGGCUGUAUUUGAAGACCGAUUGCAUGGCAACCAAGGCCGUCCCAUUUCGAAGGCUGAUUUUAAGUACAUCAUUUUGGUGAUAAUAUAUCUGUUCUUUUUAGUUUUUACAUUGUGUUGUUUGUAUUUUUGCUUUAAAUAAGAGUCUGAAUCAUUCGUCACCUCUGGCUGGAGGAGCCCAGUAAAGCAGAGAGGGGGAGAUCAUACCUGAAAGAUUAAAGUCUUACAAACCCGAGGCAGAAAACGUGGCCUUCAGGUCACCAGACUGUGGAUUGUGAAAUGACGUGUGCUGCCAGUCGGCAUUAAUUAAAUCCUCUGCGAGUGAGUGUGAAUGCUUUCAUAAGACGGACAAGUGGUCUGAGCCCGUGUGGGACCUCAGCUGGUUUUCUCCUGCAUCAUGGCGAGCUGGUGGACGGCUUCAGACGCAUCAUACGGCCUGGACCUGGAGGAGAACUCGAUAGUGUCUCGGGUGAUUCAGGCGGUCGGUCUGUUCGGAGAUAUUCUGUCACUGGAGGACACGAUGUUGUCCGAAGGCCAGAGUGAGGACGGGGCUGACGGCGCUGAAGGGACAGCGUCAGGAGAGGAGGGAAGUGUCCGAGAAGGAGGGGACAGGAAGGAAGAGGAUGAAGUGAUGAUGGAGGAAGACGAAGAGCAGAAGGUGGGAAGGGAAGGAGGAAAACAAAAGGUGGCGGACAUGGAGAGGAUUGAAGAAAAGGCGAACAUGGAGGAGGAACUGGAGGAAGUAGAGGUACACAAGAAAGAAAAAGAGGAUGAGAAGAAAGUAAAAAAUGGAGGUGAGGUAGGACAAAAAGAAAAGGAAGCAAUGGAGGAGAAAGGAAAUGAGGUACAGGACGAGAAAGAGGAAGGAAAGAAAGAGCGGGUGUUUGAAAAUGAGGUAGAAGAAGAGCAAGAAGACAAGGACAAGAUUAAGGAGGAGGAGACAGACGAAGGUGUAGGCAGUGUAAAAGAGGACGAUGGGGAGGUUAGGAACGAAUGUCAGAGGGUAGAGGUAGAGGAGGGAGCAAGGGAAGAGACGGAAAGAAAGGACAAAGAAGAGGUACCUCAGGAUAAAAAAGACAAACUAGGAGAAGAAGAAAAGGAGCCUAUAAAAGAUGGAGAAGAGAAAGAAAAGGGGGAGGAGGUAGACGAGGAGGGAGAAAAGUACAAGUACAAGGAAGCAAAAGAUGGAGACAAAGAGCUGAAGUCUCAGGAGGAAGAAGGAAAGGAGGUUUUGGAGGAGGGAAGAGAGGAUGAUCGAGAGGAGGUAGAUGAAGAAAGUGAAGAACGAAGGGAGAUAAAGGAAGAAGAGGAAGAUGAAAAGCAGGUAGAGAUAGAGCGAAAGACUCAAGAUGAAGAAAAGGAUGAAAGCAGAGAGAAAGAGAAGAGCUGUGAUGAAGAUGAGGUUAAAGAAAGAGAAGAGCGGAAGGAGGAAGAGGGAGUAGGGACAGAGGAAAAGGAGGUUAUGGAGGAGGAUGACAGAGUAGAGAAAGAAGAGGUAGAUGAUGAAAGGACAAAACAAAGCAGGGGGUCAGAGAUGAAAGGACACGAAGAUGAAGAAAAGGAGAGGAAACUAGAAGAACAAAAGGUUGAUGGGACAAAAGAAGAAAAUGAGGGAGGAGAAGAGAUGGAGGAAAACAAAGAGCAGAGUGAUGUAAAAGAAGACGAAAUGGACAGAAAAGGAGAAGAAGAGACAGAGAAAGAGAGAGAACAACAAGAACAAAAUGUUGAUGAAAAAGAAGAAGAGAUCGAGGAAAAAGGAGAUAAUGCGGUUCACAAAGAACAAAAGGUUGAUGUAGAAGAAGAGGAAGUAGAGAAAAACAUCAAAGAAGAGGAUGAAGUACAGCAAAAGGUUGGUGUAAAAGAAGAAGAAAUAGAGGACGAAGAAGAAAACGAGGCAGAGAAACAAGAACAAGAAGAACAAAAGACUAAUGGAAAAGAAGAUGAGAUGGACGAUAAAGUCGAAGAGGAGGCAGAGAAUGAAGAACAAAAGGUUAAUGGAAAGGAAGAAGAGAUGAAAGAAGAUGAAGAAACUGGGGCAAAGAAACAAGAAGAAGAACAGAUUGGGGAAAAAGAAGAAGUGGAGGAAAACGUCAGUGAAGUUGCAGAGAAUGAAGUGGAGCAAAGGGUUAAUGGAAAAGAAGAUUUGGAGGAUAAAGAGGUGGAGAAUAAAGAACAAAAGGCUGAUGGAAAAGAAGACGAGAUGAAGGACAAAGAAGAAAAGGAGGCAGAGAAACAAGACCAAGAAAAACAGGUUGAUUUAAAAGACAAAGAGUUGGAGGAAAAAGUCAACGAAACUGCAGAGAACAAAGAGGAAGAAAAGGUUGAUAGAAAAGAAGAGAUGAAGGAAAACGAGGGAGUUGAGGCAAAAAAACAAAAAGAACAGACUGAUGGAAAAGAAGAAGAGAUGGCGGAAAAAGAAGAAAAGGAGGAUAAGAAACAAGAACAAGAAAAACAGAAGGUUGAUGGAAAAGAUGAAACGUCAGAGGAGACGGUCGACGAAGUUGCAGUGAACAAAGACGGAAAAGAAGGAGAGCUGGAGGACAAAGUCGAAGUGGCAGAGAAUGAAGAAGAACAAAAGCUCUGUGGAAAAGAAAAUAUGGAGGAAAACAAAGAAAAGGAGGUAAGGAAACAGGAAGAAGAAGAACAAAAGGUUGACGGAAAAGGAGAGGAUUUGGAGGAAAAAGUUGACAAAGUUGCAGAGAGCAAAGAAGAUCAGAGGGCUAAUGGAAAACAAGGAGAGUUGGACAAUAAAGUUGAAGCAGAGACAAAGAAUGAAGAACACAUGGUCGAUGUAAAAGAUGAAGAGUUAGAGGAAACGGUCAACAAAGUUGCAGAGAACAAAGAAAAUGCUGAUGGAAAAGAAGAAGAGUUGGAGGAUGAACUCAAAGAAGAGGCAGAGAGUGAAAAACAGAAGUUGGAUGGAAAUGAAGAUAUGGAGAAGAACGAAGAAACUGAGGCAAAGAAACAAGAAGAACAAGAACAGAUUGGUGGAAAAGAAGUAGGGAUGACAGAAAAAGAAGAAAAGGAGGUGAAGAAACAAGAACGUGAAACACAAAAGGUUGAAUUUAAAGAAGAGGAAGAGCUGGGGAGAAAUGAUGAAGUUGCGGAGAGCGAAGAAGAGCAACAGGGCGAUAGAAAAGAGGAAGAGAUGAAGGACAAAGAAGAAAAGGAGGCAGAGAAACAAGAAGAACAAAAGGUGGAUGGAAAAGGAAAGGAUCUAGAAGAAGUCGAAGAAACUGAGGCAAAGAAACAAGAUGACGAACAAAAUGAGGCAGAGAAACAAGAACAAGAACAGACUGAUGAAAAAGAAGAUCUAGAAGAAGUCGAAGAAGCUGGGACAAAGAAACAAAUAGAAGAACAGAUUGGUGGAAAAGAAGAAGAAACGAAGGAAAAAGAAGAAAAGGAGGCAAAGAACCAAGAACGAGAAAAACAAGUUGAUGUAAAAGAAGAGUUGCAGGAAAAAGUCAACAAAUUUGAGAUGGAAGAAGAGCAAAAUGUUGAUGGAAAAAAAGAAGAGAUGGAGGAAAACCAAGAAACGGAGGCAAAGAAACAAGAGCAAGGGAAACAACAGAUCGGUGGAAAAGAAGAAGAGAUGAAGGAAAAAGUCGACGAAGUCACAGAGAACAAAGAAGAGCAAAAAGUCGACAGAAAAGAAGAAGAAAUGGCGGCCUCAGUUGACCAAGAAGUAAAUGCAGAAGAAGAAAGAGAGUUGACAAAGGAGCCAAACACUGAGCCAACCAACCAGCUCCAUCAGUCACAGUGUCCUGAAAUGCUGAGUCAUGCUAGAGCACAAACACCAAACGAAGCUCCCACAGAAGAAGAGAAAGACUCGGGCGCUGCCAAGAACCAGAACGGGGACAUUUAUCCCACAUCACCGAGCAACGACAACGAGACAGAGGAAGCUCCACCACAAGCUGCUCCUCUGACCCACACAGAUCUGAACCAGUCUGUCGAUGCUCCUCUGGAUCUGACAGAGGUGGGAAUACAGAAUCUGGAGGAACAGGAGCGACUGACAUCAUUUCCUGAUUCAGGACAUCGAGGUGAAACAGCAGCUGACGACAACACUCGAGAGAGUACACCUGAACUACACGCAGGCUGCAGGUCGGAGGAGAAAGUGUUGUUGAUGGAUGCAGCUGCUGAGCCGUCGUUAGUGGCUGGACAAGACAGUGAAGAGCUCAGUCCGACCCGAAACGCAUCCAGCACAGAAAAUCCUGAGAUGACAGUGAAGGGGGACAAAGGGGACAAAGAGGAAGGAGGUCAAACCUCUGAGAAUAUGAACGGUGAGGCGGACAACAAGAACGGCAGCCGACAAUCCUCAAAGUACAAAACCGUGUCCUACAGGAGGAUCCGGAGAGGAAACACCCGACAGAGGAUUGAUGAGUUUGAGGCCAUGAUGGACUCGUGAUUGAAAUAUUGAGUGUUUGGUUCUGUUGGAUUUGUGGGGUGCAACCCCUCGCGGUAACAUAUAAAGAAAAGUAGUGGACCCGGGAUAGAGCCUUGUGGUACACCAUACUGAAUGUGUGGUCUGUAAUUUUUCCAAAUUGUGUGCUAAAUAAAUAAAGUUUAAAUUUGUUUAUGUAGCACCAAAAGGCCAUGGGUUUGAGGUCUCAGUUAACUAAUUAAAUUUAAUAUCGUCAAAGUGUUUGGUUCUUGUGGAUUUUUGGGAUUGUGGAUGCAAUCCUGAGUGGUAACAUAUAGAGAAAAGUAGUGGGCCCAGGAUAGAGCCUUGUGGUACACCAUACCAAAUGUUUGGUCUUUUUUUCCAAUUCUGUGUUUGAAAGGUGUUGAAUAAAUAAAGAUUACAUUUGUUUAUAUAGCACCACAAGGGGCUUUUGGGGAUGUUGGAUGCAACCGCUAGUGGUAACAUAUAGAGAAAAGUAGGGGGCCCAGGACAGAGCCUUGUGUUACGCCAUAAAAACUGUCCGAUCUGUAUCUUUUCCAAUUUUGUCUGUGAAAGGUGCUAAAUAAAUAAAGUUUUAAUUUGUUUAUGUAGCACCAAAAGACCACAGAUUUGAGGUCACA